UUGUGUUUACUUUCUUCGUUGGCAGUAUGUCUGGUUCUGACUGACGGAGCCCGAUGAGCAGCAGGCAGCCUCUGGGCGUCUGCUGCCUUCAGGAGACCACAUCGACAUGAAGCUGCUGGACGAGCACAUCUGCUCUCUGUUUAAGCGCCACUGGCAGCACACGCUCACCUACUGGAGCGUGUUCUUCAGCUUCGGCCUGUGCAUCGCCUUCCUGGGGCCAACCAUCCUGGACCUGAGGUGUCAGACUCAGUCCACGCUGCAGGAGAUCACGUGGGUCUUCUUCUCCCAGCAGCUCUUCCUGCUGGUGGGCAGCAGUCUGGGGGGACUCUUCAAGAAGACACUCCUGGCCUCCCUGUCAGCACUCCUCUGCUGCACUUUUGUCAUCUCCCUGGUGUUUGCCAUCAUCCCAUUAUGUAACAAUGUGAUGCUGUUGUCUGUUGCCAUGGCCAUUGCGGGUCAAUCCAUGGGUGUGAUCGACACUAUCGCCAACCGUCAGCUGGUGAAGCUGUACCAGAAGGACUCCGCCACCGUCCUUCAGGCUCUGCAUUUCUUCAUCGGCCUGGGAGCUCUGGUUAGCCCCCUGGUUGCAGAUCCUUUCCUCGAUGACUCCUGUGUCUUGAGUGCUAACUCCACUACAAACUCAUCCUCUUCAUCAGACCUUGAGAGCAUCCACAGCAGCAUACAGGAAGUGACACUACCAAAAAUCUCCCAGGAUCCUCUAUACACAGAGGGUCUAGUCAUCACCAAGGUGUCCUACGCUUUUUGGAUCAUGGCUCUUAUCAAUCUCCCUGUGCCAGCAGCAGUGCUAGCGUUGAUGUACCAGGAGAGACUCCUGGCCUGCUCCAGUCAGAGUCAACGUCUGCUGGACAAAGAGCGCGGCCAGAGUAACAGUGUGGAAAGCGAAGAAGGUCACAGGAGUUUAUUUUGUUGCUGUAAUGCUGCCAAUGUUCGAGGUCAUCCUUUCUCAUUCAUCAUCAUCCACGCUUUGGGUGGGGCCAUCGUCUUCAUCACUGAUGGGAUUAUUGGCUCUUAUGCUGGCUUCGUCUACACCUAUGCUGUGUCUGCUCCUUUGCUGAUGGGCCACAAAACUGCAGGAUACCUGGACAGUAUAUUUUGGGCAGCAAUCACCUUGGGAAGACUGGCUUUCAUCUACCUGUCCUGCAAAUUCUCUCCAUCCACGCUGCUCACCUUAAGCCUGGUUGGGGUCAUACUGGUGCAGUUCCUGUUAUUGAUCUUCUACUCCAGCUGUGUGUUCCUCUUCAUUGGUACGUGUGUGUUAGGACUGUGCAUCAGCAGUGUUUUUCCCUCCAUGCUGGCCUUCACAGAGGACAUACUGGACUACAAAGGUUGUGCUACAACCGUCCUGGUCACAUGUGCAAGCACAGGAGAAAUGCUGCUACAGCUGCUCAUUGGAUCUGUGAUUAACAGUCAGGGCAGUUUCUCUUUCCUGUUGUUAUGCACGAUAGCAUCAUUUAUCAGCUUCUGUCUGUUCAUGCUGUUCCUCUACGUCCAGCAUGUUCACAGAAACGUUCACACAGACUUUUCAGAAUACACAGAGAUGGAAGACAAGCCAAAGAGUGGAGGCUCCUGAUCUGAGGAUCCAUGAGAGACUGAGGGGAAGAUAGGAGGAGACCAAUGACGGAGGGCUCCUGUGAACAACGAAGAGACUAUGGGAACAAAAAUCUCAUCUGACAAACUCCAACUGAACAAUUUUCUGAAAAUUCAGAAGCCUGAUGAUCAAGCAGCUCUCUGAUCAUGUUACUUGAAUUAACUUAAAUCUGCACCUUUCGCUGCUGUAGGUUGAUUCCAACUACACUUUGAUUAUCAACUAUGGAUUUCUAAAUGGGACUGUGAAAGUAUGAAUCAGAUGUAAGUGCUACCAUUAAGAAUGAUGGUAGAAUUAAACUGUUUGAAAUACUGUAAAUAAGAAAUUAUGUAAUGACAGAGCACAAAGCUGUUGUUAGAGGUCUUUAUUAUUGGUCUCACCUGCCUUAUCCAUGAUAAACAUUCCCUCUACACCUCUCAUACAUCAAUACGCCACUUAAGACAAGUAGCCUGUAAACAUUUACAAAAGCAUACAACAAACAGAAAACUGGACAAAACAAAGCAGGAACUGUGAUUACUUUAAAACAAGACCUUAAUCUUAAAGUGAAAAAUCAAAAACAUCAAAUGAUACAAGAUAUGAACACAGCAAGUCCAAAGACUUGAUGGAGAGGAAAAGUUUAAAUGGGCUCUAGGGUUAAUAUCCAUCUCUUCUUUAGAGCUUUUCAAACUUAAUGCAAAAAUGCAUUAGAAGCAACCAAUUCUGCAUGGCUUUUAAUUCAUAUAAAUAAAUAUUGUAUGGUAGUGCCUGAUUACAAAUUAUUGUAAAUCUUUUACUAUACUGAAAAGAUAAGAUUUACUGUAUAAAAUGCCAAGUGCAUGUUCAUAAAUUUUUCCUCCCUUUGGGAAAAUAUACAUUUCUCAGUAAGCACAAAUCAACAACAUUUCAUCAAAGAGGAAAUCUGCGUCUUUAAAAAGUGACACAAUCCAAUACUACAGGAACCCCCAAGUUUAAGUGCAAACGUCCCAUCACAACAUCUGCAUGUACAAUAGCAACAUCAUAUCAAAACACUCUAAUACAAAACAUAGAUUCAGAUGUCUCCCCCGUAAGGCUUUGAUUCCUAAAAACAGCCGACGCCACAGCAGGGCAGCGCCCUCCCAAAUACACAACAGAAAGAAACAUAUGCACAAUUACACAAAAAACCCAAAUAGUUGACAUCUAAAUAUCUGGCCUUUACAAAAAUAAAAAUUAAUCUUAAAAUCGUAUCAGUAUUACAGGAAAAAGGGAGAUUACACAAAAAUAAUAAGACAGGUUUUAUAGAUAUAUGUAUAUACUUUUUUUGAGUAAAUUUGUUUUUACACAAACAUGUAAGCAGGUUAGAAAGAGACGCCGCCUGCUUAGAUUAAUUUGUGUUGAUGUCUGUAUGUACAGUUAUGCAUCCUGAAGAACACUGCAGCACUUUAACAUCCCUGGAAGUUUUACUUCAAACUGCUAGGGCUGUGAUUUGGUCUGUACAGAGAUAUGGCCUUAAAUAAGUUCUGUCGUAUACGGUUACUCCUGUGAAAGUUUUAAUGAUUGAGCUUCAUCCACUAUCCAGAGACAAACGUGGGCUUGGCUGUGGUAAGGCACCUUCAAAUGAACAAUUACACUGGGCUGUAGGCUGUCGGGGCGAAUGUGUGAGAACAAGCUAGAUUCACUGGUCAUCCCUCCCUGUGUUAAAAAGGGACACUUGGGUAAAAACACUGAAAUGUGUUCUAUCCAAGUAUCAUGUAAACAUGUGUGACGCACAUUAAACAGCAUAGAAAUAUGGACCUACGUCUUGAGUCUGUGUCUCAGACUUAUGGCUUCUUGUCAUUUAAAACAGGUGUAAACCUCUUAUGGCUGAUAGUCGAGACAGGUUUGGGGCCUUUAUGGCUGAGAGGCGCUUCAGUUCUCCGGGAAGUUUCUGAAGACCUCAGGGUUAAGUGAUAUAAUUCAGGUGGAUAAGGCUAAGCAAAGGUUGAGGCUGAUCUCUAAGAUUUGAAUGCUCAAAAUAACUGCACCAAUGCUGUAAUAUCAGACAGGGACAGUCGUCCACUGGUGCCCUGGCAUCCAUAUCCAUCCUGGGCACUAGUACAGAAGCGGCUGUUUACACAAUGGUCAGCCCAGGUUCAAAACUAGCCCGUGACUCCUUACCUGCACGUCAUUUCCCCCUCUCUAGUCUCUCUUUUCCCAGUUUCUUAGAUGAUCCAAAGUCCACUAAAUAAAGACAUAUAAGCCCUAGUACAUCUCUAAAGUAUCUAUCCCAAUCAUUAAAUGCACAAAAAUGGAGAAGACUUGUAAAAAUCAACACAGUCUCAUACUCUGGAGUGGUUUGCACUAUAACCCCCAAUUUCCACAUAGGUCAACUGUGCCGCGCUCUGAGCCUCUGAAGCACCACGGGUUCGCUCCGACCAAAGGCAAGCGACCUCACCCACUGGAAGUGGGCCAUGGCGUGCACCCCUGAUCAGUGGGCAGAGAUCAUGGGAGAACUGCAAGUUCACACAGGAACAGUAUGUCAACGGUGCACUAUUCGACCUUUUUGGGGUUCAUUUAUCAUCCAUUCUGGUAUAAGUCCGUGAUAUUAUUGCUUCCACCAUUGGGUGAGUACAUUAGGAAGUUAAAAGGUUAAUGUUUGCUUAAAGGAUCUGUGGGUUUAUGUAGAAUUCUU